AUGCACUCGACACGCAGAGCGUUGUCGCUCUUGAUAUGGGCAACUUUAGCAUUACUGCUUAGCGUAUUGCCAUCAUCAGUCGAUGCACGCAAAAAGAUGCUCAUCUACACAUACACACAAGGCUUCCGCCACUACUCGAUCCCAACCGCCACCAAAGUCGUUCAGCAGCUCGCAAAGGAUGCAUAUCCACCCAUCGACACUGUUCACUCGGAAGAUCCAAGCGACUUUGAGAGGAAGGAUUGGCUCUCACAGUUCGACAUGCUCAUGUUCAUCUCAGUCUCUGGCAAAGCGCUUUCUGACAAUGGAGCAGAAGCGCUGCGGAAAUACAUCGAAGCAGGCGGAGGAUACCUUGGAGUCCACGAAGCUUGCGAUGCAUUGUACCAACACCACUGGUAUGGUCGUUUGGUGGGAGCCUACUUCAACUACCAUCCUCAGAUCACCCAUGCCACGCUCAACGUCAUCAACCACACACAUCCAUCGACAGCACACUUGAACGAGACAUGGCACGUAUUCGACGAGAUGUACAACUACAACUCGAACCCUUCCAAAUGGGGGAAGCAGUACCUCAUCACUGCCGACGAGGACUCGUACAAAGACCCUGUCGAGACCAAGGCUGAGCGAGCAUCCGAACAAGGCUCCCCUCAUCCUAUCGCAUGGUGGAAGGAAGGCAACCAGCUUACCUACAACCCUCACCUCAAGGUUGGCGGUGCUACUGAUCCGACCAAAGCAGAAAUUCGGGCGGGCACAGCAGGAAGAGGUGGUGCAGGAAGAAGCUUCUACACAGCUCUUGGACACACGAAUGCCAUGUGGAACGACGAUGCUUUCCAGCAACACAUUAUGGGUGCAGUGGAAUGGUUGAUGGGCUCGCCAGUGCUCAAGUCUUCUUCGGCAACCCCUCCAGAGAAUGCAGUUGGUAGCGACUACGAUCCUAGCGCUCCUACUCCUUCGGCAAGGCGAAGGCCCAGCUCAACGGAUAUCGCAUUCAGUUCUCAUUCGACACUUGUAUCGGGGACACCGGUGCCUUUUUCUAAGUCAGCUAUCUCGAAGAGCGGCGCUUCUUCACUAUCAUUGACUUUGACAUUGUCGUCAUUGGCUGUCCUAGCAGCGACACUCUCCGCGUCGCUUGCUUUGCUUCUCUCUGCAUAG